UCCCCGCACAUCUCAAGCAGUCGCGAUCCUCGUUGCUCUCCAUCGCGCACACCAUGGCAGAAAGCAUACCUGCGAAGCUGAAGGCUGCCCAGAUCACGCCCUUCGUUCAACGGGCGGCACAGCUGGAGCGCUUCAAGCCAUUCAUCACCUACUGGCUGAGAUACUACAUAAUUCAAAAGAUAAUCGCUGCUGGUCUCCAUACGGCCGAUGCAGAAUGUACCACCUACACAGCGAACCUGAUGGACCAGCUUGAGCAGACCAAGGCUGCGAACCCGGAUGAAGAUGCCUUGCACGACGAGACAGCCGCCCAGGCGUACUGUGAACAAUUCGCCUUCACCACUUUCGCGAAAGGAGAGAAGGACAUGACCGCCAAUGCUGUGACUAAGAAUACUGCAGACACACUUUUAGCGGCCGCGACCUUCUUCGAGAUGCUCACCAUAUGGAAGAAGGACCCCGAAUCCGAAAUCAAAUCGAAACAGAAAUUCGCAAAGUAUCACGCCGCGCGUAUCCUCAAAGCCCUUCGCAAUGGAGAAGAUCCGAACGUCACGAAUCCCGCCCAUGAGACGCCGGCAAUAGGCUCGCCCUCCGCGCUGGACCCGAAUGACCCUGAGGUUCAGAAUCUGGCUCCGGACACUGCAAGCCCUUCAACACGAAAUCCAUAUCAGCCUUAUGUUGAAUCAGCUCCUGAUACCACAGCACAACCCUCGCCUACGAUCUCGGCGCCAAAGGUCUCUCCUCCACCAAUGCUACCUUCCGCGCCCACGGACUACUCCGCACAUCGCGACGUCUCUCCCAUUUCGCAGCCAGGCAACAAUUCGCGACAAGGAUCUGUAGUAUCUGAAGGCGGUGGCUACUUUCCGAGGGUCAAUGUUCCAACCUUUACGGCCGACACCGCAGCACCAAACCUACCUACAGCACCUUCCGUCGAAGACGAGCCAAUGGGCGGCAAUCCAUUUGAUCCUUCAUCUCUUGCGUCGUCUCUACCCACGGGUCCACAGAUACCGCAAUCUCCACAAGCACCAAGUCCUCAGGAUUAUUACCAUAAAGCAACCUCACCUGCACCACUUGGACAAAAUCCGCAUCAGGCUCCUUCACCGCAGGUUUCCUACCAGCCGUCGCCGAAUCCAUAUGCGACUCCACCUCCACAACCACAGCAACCAGCCUUUCAGCGUCCCCACCAGCCACAUUUCAACAACUCUUUCGCGCCACACCAACCUCAACAUGCGCCUCCUCCCCAUCAGUACACUCAAGCCCCACAAGCUGCUAUGCAUCAAGGUCCGUUCAGAACCGAUGAAGAGGCCCAGAUGGCAGCUGCAAAACAUGCCAAGUGGGCUAUCUCGGCCUUGAACUUUGAAGACGUGAACACUGCAGUGAAAGAGCUGAGAUUGGCGCUUCAGUCAUUGGGCGCAAACUAGUUCAUCUGCUCAUGCUGUAGGAUAUGGUUAGAUGAGUUUAGGAUAUUGCGCUUCACUGUUUGAGGUUGGAAUCUUCGUAUACCCCCCCAAGAGUACAUAGAUCGUAUAAAUAAAAGCUUCACCAU